AUGGAGAACCACCCAAUCUAUCGCCACAAGAAAUUCGAUGUUGGUCGAAAAGUUGAGGCAGUCGAUUUGCUCCUCAAGGAAGAGCUAAUAUCCCGAAGCGGCACACCCUUCACCAGUCGCAGUGCCUCCGAUGAGGCCGAUCAGUCUGUGAGUCUGGGAUUCAGUGACCAAGACACUGAAUAUCCUCCACUGCCCAAGCGCCGUCGCCUGGGUUCCUCAUCCUCCAGCGUUUCCUACCACUCACCGAGUCCCAUCAUAGCCGAGGCCAUCCAAGAUAUCUUCAAGUACCACGUCAACAUGGUGCGAAAGUUUCCCAAAAAGGAGCGCACGCCAAAGGAUCAGGAGCGCCGGAACAAGAACACCAUUGCCUGCAGGAUGAGUCGGCGGAAGAAGAAGUUCGAUGACCUGCAGAUCGAGCAGCAGUACAGGGAGUGCUCCAGCGAGCACCUCAAGAUCGCCGAGCAGAGUCUGCGAGCCCGGGUCUACCUGAAUCAUCUGAAGCAGCUCGUCAAGCAGGAGGAGCAACCACAACCCGCGCCACGGAGAGUUCCCGAUGAGAACUCCAAGAGAAACUUCACCAUCGAUUACCUGAUCGGUGGCAUCAAGCAGGAGAAUAUUUAG